AUGUGCGUUGCAUAUUCGCAUUCUAGAGCCGAAGAAAACGCUGCAAGAUGGGAGCGCAUAAUCGAUCGGAAAAUUCCAGAUAACGCGAUUCCCGUCGGGCGCGAUUCGCAGAAUCGAGUACUCUACGCUGGCAGAUGCUUAGUUCGGCAAAAUCGGUACCGAUUUGUCCCGGGAUAUGUCUGCAAAGAAGAACCUUGGGUUCUAGCUGCCUACGGGACAAGAGCAAGGACGGGGACUCAAGAUGAAGUUUUGGUUUCAGAUAAAAUCGAAUCCAUCUACUGGGAGUCUUCAAUAACCCCUCGAUUCCCCGUCGUUGGCGGUUCCGACGAAGACGACAAAUACCUCAUUGGCAGAACUCGCUCAACUUUUGGCAGAACAUGGCGCGGCAGACGUCUUUCCAUUACAAAUCUUCCUGAUGAAUUCUGCCUCCCUGGGAAGGUUCAUCCUUCACAUGCAGUUCUCUACGCGCCGUUUGGAGACAAAGAGUACAUUUUCAAGGAUUUUGAGACGAUGGCGAUCAAGGCAAGUCCGAGGAGUUUGUUCGAGAUCGCGGCAUUAACUUUGAAAAUCAACCUCGACGACGACAAACUCAUCUCUCUCGCGGAUAAACAAAUCCUAUCAAAACCCGUGCUCGCUGAAGUCCUCUCCGUAUCACCUCACUAA